ACGCUCUCCCGCCCGGCCUGCAGUGCUGGGCUCAGCUCUUGCACCUCCCUCCGCUCUCUCCUCCGCCCCCCUUCGCCCUCCCCCUUUCCCUCCCUUUCUCCUCCUCCUCCUCCUGCCGCCGCUGCCUCUGCCAGACCUCGCCAGUUCAGACCCACCGGGCUGCCCUCCCCUGCGCUCUCCCCCUGCUGCCCAGGCCCGGAGCGCAGCGCGGCCGCACAGGUAUUUCAGCUGAGCUGUGCAAGGAACUUCCUUUACUAGCUGGAGAUUCAUGAUGUUGAAAGCCCUUUUCCUAACUAUGCUGACUCUGGCUCUGGUCAAGUCACAGGACACCGAAGAAACCAUCACGUACACGCAAUGCACAGAUGGAUAUGAGUGGGAUCCUGUAAGACAGCAGUGCAAAGAUAUUGAUGAAUGUGACAUUGUCCCAGACGCUUGCAAAGGUGGAAUGAAAUGUGUCAACCACUACGGAGGAUACCUCUGCCUUCCUAAAACAGCCCAGAUUAUUGUCAAUAAUGAACAGCCUCAGCAAGAAACACCGGCGGCAGCGGAAGGUGUGGGUGCCACUGCAAAUGCUGCCGCCACAUCAGGUGCAGGCGCUGGGGGCAUGGCAGCCAGUGGCAUGGCAGCCAGUGCAGUGAUGCCUGGGGGUGGCUUCGUCGCCAGUGCUGCUGCUGUUGCAGGCCCUGAAGUACAGACUGGCCGAAAUAACUUUGUCAUCCGACGGAACCCAGCUGACCCUCAGCGCAUCCCAGCCAACCCUUCUCACCGGAUCCAGUGCGCAACGGGCUAUGAGCAGAGUGAGCAUAACGUGUGUCAAGACAUAGACGAGUGCACUGCGGGGACUCACAACUGUAGAGCUGACCAAGUGUGCAUCAAUUUACGAGGCUCCUUCGCCUGUCAGUGCCCCCCGGGGUACCAGAAGCGGGGAGAGCAGUGUGUAGACAUAGAUGAAUGCACCAUCCCUCCAUAUUGCCACCAAAGAUGCGUGAACACACCAGGAUCAUUUUAUUGCCAGUGCAGUCCUGGGUUUCAGUUGGCCGCAAACAACUAUACCUGUGUAGAUAUAAACGAAUGUGAUGCCAGCAAUCAAUGUGCUCAGCAAUGCUACAACAUUCUUGGUUCAUUCAUCUGUCAGUGCAAUCAAGGAUACGAACUAAGCAGUGACAGGCUCAACUGUGAAGAUAUUGAUGAAUGCAGAACCUCAAGCUACCUGUGUCAAUAUCAGUGUGUCAAUGAACCUGGGAAAUUCUCGUGUAUGUGCCCCCAGGGAUACCAAGUGGUGAGAAGUAGAACAUGUCAAGAUAUAAAUGAGUGUGAGACCACAAAUGAAUGUCGGGAAGAUGAAAUGUGUUGGAAUUAUCAUGGUGGCUUCCGUUGUUACCCACGAAAUCCUUGUCAAGAUCCGUACAUUCUAACAUCAGAGAACCGAUGUGUUUGCCCAGUCUCAAGUGCGGUGUGCCGAGAACUUCCCCAGUCCAUAGUCUACAAAUACAUGAGCAUCCGAUCUGAUAGGUCUGUGCCAUCAGACAUCUUCCAGAUACAGGCCACAACCAUUUAUGCCAAUACUAUCAAUACUUUUCGGAUUAAAUCUGGAAAUGAAAAUGGAGAGUUCUACCUAAGACAAACAAGUCCUGUAAGUGCAAUGCUUGUGCUGGUGAAGUCGUUAUCAGGACCAAGAGAAUAUAUCGUGGACCUGGAGAUGCUAACAGUCAACAGUAUAGGAACCUUCCGCACAAGCUCAGUGUUAAGAUUGACAAUAAUAGUGGGGCCAUUUUCUUUUUAGUCUUUUAAGAGUCCACUAUAGGCAUUUAAAUCAGCCAAAGAAUAUUGUUACAAUAAAGCACUAUUUUAUUUAUAGACGUAUCUAGUACAUCUACAUCUAUAUGCUGUACACUCACCAAUAAUUCAAACAAUUACACCAUGGUAUAAAGUGGGCAUUUAAUCUGUAAAGAUUCAAAGUUUGUCUUUAUUACUGUAUGUAAAUUAUACAUUAAUCCACUAAACUGGUCUUCUUCAAGAGAGCUAAGCAUACUCUAUCCAAUGAAACUUGGAUUCUUUUCUGUAAAAGUGGGACAAAGCAAUGAUUAUCUUCUGUGGUGCUUAAGGAAACUUACUACAGCCCCACUGACAGUCUCAUAAGGAGGCAGCCUCAUAACAUUGAACAGCAUGCAAGUUCAAGGAUGAAUUUUUUAACUGCUUUGUAACAAAAUGGAAAAAGUCAAUAAAGAUAUAUUUCUUUAGAAAAUGAG